AUGAAUGAACAAAAUCUAGUACUAAUUGCAGGUGGUUCUGAAGCUAUGAGAAAUGCAUUUUCAAAAGUAUUUGGAACAGAUCGUAGUAUUGUUAUGCGCUGGGCUCAUAUGCGUAAACGCGAAGAAAAACAGUUAUGUUUAGUAGAAGAUAAAAAUUUACAUACUGAAAUUAUGGAUGACGAUGAUACAUUACAACUGUCGAAAGAUAACACAACAUUUGAAAUUGCUAUAAAACUAUUCUUAAAAAAGUGGAAAAAUCAAGAACAAUUUAUUCAUUACUUCUCAAGUGAGUGGUUAGAAUCCAAAAACGGUUGGUAUGAAGGCUUAGAAAUGUAUGUUUCAAGCACAAAUAAUGCUCUAGAGGCAACAAAUCGUGUCAUAAAGAUGAAAUUACACUAA